GAUUAGAUAAAAUCUCUUUUAAUAUUUAUAUCCAUAAUAUUAAGCUUUCAUUUUCAAGUAGCCUGUCGAGAAAGAACUAUGUACUCCGAAGAUUAGAUAAAGUUGCCACAGUUACGUUCUUCCCUUCCCGGAAGUGUUGCCAUAGUGACCUACUAAUGACGUCACUGUUCGCCGUCUCCACAGACGCCAUGACGGUGCAGGGAGAAAAGAUGGCGGCGGCGCUGAGGCUGUGGGACAGUCUGGUGGACACUGCCAGGGAACAACAAGCGGCCGGACAAUCCACCCGAGUGACAUUGACGGCCAUCAAGGACACAGCCCGGGCCAUGCAGGGAAUCGUCACUGACACAGUGUCCUAUGUGACCGACAUCCUGAGACUGGCGGGGACAAACCAAGGAACCAGCAACAACAAGCGGGCACUCUCCAAAAGAGGCUGGAGUGUGGGAGUGGACGUAGGCUACGGGUCUCACUCCGGGGGUCGUGUUGGGGUCAGUGUCGGCUUCUCCUUCUGAUCUACUCAACAACACACCCACAGCUCAUCCGCUCAACACACUGACAACACACUGACAGCUCAUCUGCUCUACACACUGAUCCACCCAACACACUCACAGCUCAACAAACAGCACCAUUCAAGUCCGUGUCUCGGCAUAUAUCAUCAUGUUCAUCCAUGAGUGAAAUUAUCAGCGAGAAUAAAGUUCAUCUUUUGAUAAAACCACUUA